UUUUAGAGGACCAACCACAUUAAUAUUGAAAAAAUAAUAAUUCUGUCUCUCUCUUCAUAACGUGUUUGAGCUCUUUAGAAAGUAGGAUAGUUGCAAAGCGUUAUGACUAUUAAAAUUGGUCGGUUAUCUUUAUCCACGUGCUAGAAAUAAUUCGUCCAUUUUGCCGCCCGCGCUGUCAGCGCAAACACGUACGCAAAACUGUGCAAUAAAUAGCGCAUAUGUCCGGCUUCAAAAAUGUCUUCCAAUAAACCCGCCAAAAAAACUGUGAAGUAUGCUCGAGAAUCCCUUCAGCAGGCCUUAAAAGAAAUAAGAGAUGGGCAAAUUUCAAUCCGGGAAGCAGCUCGGAAAUACACUAUUCCGAGAUGUACGAUCCAAGACAGAUUAAGUGGUAGGAGGACAGACGAAAUAAAAAAACAGGGCCCUGAGCCAGUGCUGGGGAAACAAGGGGAAGAAAAAGUCGUAAAGUGGCUAAUAAAUAUAGCGAAGUGUGGGUUCCCAGUCAAAAAGCAGGAACUACUGGAUACUGUGCAAAAAAUAUUAAAAGAUUUGAAAAUGCCGAACCCUUUUAAAGAUGAUCGUCCUGGUCAGACAUGGUAUUUGAACUUUCUAAAACGACACCCAGAAAUUUCUGUUCGAUCAGCAGAAGGCAUCAACAAAGCUCGGGCAAGGGUAACCGAAGAAUCAAUACGACUGUGGUUCCGCGAACUUGAGAUAUUUCUUCAGCAGGAGGGACACUCGGACAUACUUGAAGAUCCCAACAGAAUGUUUAAUGGAGACGAAAGUGGAUUUUCACUUUGUCCAAAAUCAGGGAAAGUUCUUGGGCCGAAAGGUUAUCGGAAUCUGUACCAAAUUAAAGCAGGAAACGAAAAAGAUAAUCUGACAGUGCUAGUGACAUUUAACGCUAGUGGUGAGAUAUGCCCUCCGUUGAUAGUUUUUCCAUACAUUAGACCACCAAAAAGUGUAACAGACAGCAUGCCAAAAGACUGGACCCUCGGCAGAAGUGAAUCUGGUUGGAUGAAUGGAGAUGUAUUCUUCGAAUAUAUAGUUAAUGAUUUUAACAAAUGGAUCACCGAAAAGAACAUUAAGAAACCAGUUUUACUGCUAGUCGAUGGACAUAAGUCGCAUAUGUCGUUAGCGUUAAGCUCUGUCUGUGAAGAACUUGGAAUUAUUUUAUAUGCACUUCCCCCGAACACCACGCACAUGCUGCAACCCGCCGAUGUCAGCGUGUUUGCUCCAUUAAAAGCUCAGUGGAAAAGCCACGUCAGAAAAUUUCUUGCUAAGCCUGAAAAUUUAAACAACGCUGUUACAAAAACAAAUUUCUGUCUGCUUUUUAAAGACAUAAUCGAAAAUCCGCAAAUGAAAACCAAUAUCAUCAAUGGAUUUCGACGAUGUGGUCUUCACCCAUACGAUCCGAACGCGGUCGACUAUACAAAAUGUGUCCAGAACACAUUGGAACAAUUUAGUAGACCGGCUGAUUUGCGUGAGAACUCGGGAAUAACCAAUGAAGACCUCAUCGCUACCCGCAAAGUGAUUCGACAUUUGAGACCGGUCCUAAAACAAAAAAAGAUUGACACAAAAUUUAUCCUAACAGCAAUCAAAAAGUUAAGAAGCAGAGAACCCAGAGAACCUCAAUAUAUUACCGGAUCUGAAGACAACACAAACUCGACACUCGACGCUUCGAGCGUUCCCGGCCUUUUAUCAAAUGAUUCGGCUCAUACAUCUGCAACUGCGAAUGCUUCCAAUGUUCCCCCGCCGCAUUUUUUGAAUUCUAACUCUCCGCAUGUUUCCGAUGUUACCUCAGCAAAUUUUGCCGGCCACGCUUCAUUCCAUACUCAUGAUCCUGCCUUGUUGACUCUUUUAAUUCCUGCAGAAGAUCCCGAUCGUACUUCUGAUAGUGUUUUGGACCAUGGCUUGUUGAAUUCGGUUACGCCGCAGGUUUCCCAAGUUAUCUCAGGAAAUGUUACUGGUCUUGCUUCAUCGCAUAUUCACGAUCCUGUCCAACUAUCUCUUGUAACUCCUGCUGAAGUUCCGGAUCGCACUUUUGACAGUGUUCCGGAUCAUGGCUUGUCAAAUUUAGUUUCAUCUAAUUUUAGUGGUCUAGAGCUGGGAACAGUGGUUUCACUGGACGAUAUUACGAUCAUACCGUUUCAAACUAGUACCCCCAAGAACCGAGUCCAAAGCCCGAAAUCUCUGAUUCCUGAAGAAAUCCAUUCAUCUUCAAAAUCGGUUCCAAAUAAUGACCCUCCAUGCACAAAACAGCUUCGCCAAAUCCAGGUCACAGAUGGACCUAUAAGUUUAGAAACAGGCCGCGAACAAGUUACACAUAGCAUCCUGGAAGAGCAACCGAGAACAGACGAUCAUAACACCAAAUUACUAACCUUAUCUCAAGCGCCAACGCCAACCCCAAAAGAUAACUUCCCAUUAUCUACCAUUACAAACUCUGUAAACAAAGUAUUUGAGCAACAUCUUUUUAUACCGCAACCUCUAGAAAAGUCGAAAAAAAACAUAUCCAAAGAUCGUAUUCCCUCGGCAAUAUCUGGGAAGAAAUGGCGAGAGUACCAUCUUUUAAAGGAAAAGAUAAAACAAGAGAAGAUUGAGGCGAAAGAAAAAGCUAAAGUAGCUAGAAAGCGCAAACAAGAGGAAGCAAAAAGAAGAAAGGAAACAAAAAAAGCCAAGAUAAAUAAAAAGGAAACCCCUUUGAAGACUAAAAAUUUAGCGUCAAAUCAGAAUGUUAAACAACAUUGUGGCCAAUGCGCCAAUAUCUUAAAUAGUGACACUGAAGACGACGAAGAUAAAAAUGUGGGCUGUGAUUUUUGCACGAAAUGGUUUCAUUUGAAGUGCACGGAUUUUAUUGGACUGACUUACGAAGAUGUUAAAAAUAAGCCAUUCAAAUGUAACACGUGCAUUAUUGAUAAUGUAUAGAUUUUAACCAUAAUCAUUGUUUAAGUUGAUUAUUUUGAUCUAGUACCAAUUAGGUACUAACAUAAAAAGACUUAUAUAUUUGCGAUAAGUCCAUUAUUCAUUUUUGUAGUUAGACAUAUUAUAUUACUAAGAUAGUAAGAAACAUACUUAUUAUUCGUUACGGAAAUUGUAUAAGACUGAUUUCUAAUAGUCACUGUUAAUAAGCUAAUAUUAUGUAUAGUUAUGUAAAGAAAAUGUAGACUUUUUAAAACACUAGUCUCAUAUGCUCAAAAGAAGUAUUACUAAAGUUAUAAUAAGAAAAAUUAUAAGGCUUACUAAAGUUACUUUCUUGAAAUAUAAUUUGAUUACCGAAUAUUGUAUACUUUUAUUUCAUUUCAUUUUUUAAAGCGAUUGUAGGUGAUGGCCGCGAACUGACGAUAGAGCGACCGCGAACCGAAAAAAGUGGCCGCCAACUGGCAUUUUCACCAAGAUUCAUGUGAUUAUUUAUUUAAAAAAAAACUGUUGCAAUAUUCAUUUAAUACUUAUUUUGAAAAAUAAGUUGAUUAUAUCUGCUUCGCCUACACAAAUAAUUUAAACAUGAAUUAUGGAUGUAUCAUAUCAAUUUCAAGGAGCAAAGUUGACAAGGCAACUAAAAGGCCGCCAACCGGCUCAAUGAC